CGACAUGUUAUCGGAUGUUGUCGUUUUCUUGCUCUCGUUGUGCUCUUUGUUUCAGGCGGUUAUUACAGGUCACACGCGUGACCGACAGACUGACCGUGGCAUGUCAACAGUGCGCGCACGUUACGCGUGGACAGGACAGCUGGGAAUGAGCAUGACAGGCGCAGCCUAGCUUAAAAAAUACGGCGCGCGCGCCUCCUCCUACUCCUCCGUAGGACACUUUUCUUUUUUCUUUUUUUUCUGAGUCGACGAUAAUAGACCUAAUAGACGAGCUGGUUUUGAUGUUGCGCCGUUCACGCGCGGUGCAGUAAAAACCGGUCCGGGGAGGUGAACGAGUUCGGGUUACGGUUGGAGCGGCUCGCACGUGACGUAACAGUCCAACACCGCCUGCCGCCGCUGCGCUGCCAGAACCUCGAUGAGGGGAAAUGACCGCGAGUGACCUCAAAGGAAACGUUGCAUUUGAACCAUUUCUAUAUAUUAGUUCGGUUUGAAUCUUUUUGGUGGAAAAUGUGCGCUAACAUUUCGUUUGGUCUUUUACGGUUAUAAGACUUUAUUUAAACAUUUAAUGGUUGACAGCGGAGCUAACGUUAGCUAGCUAAGCUAAAGCAUUCAUUGCUAGCACCCGAGCUUGUGUUCGUCGCCGCCACCGGUGGAUGCUAAGCGCAGCUAGCAUUUGCUGUCAUGGAUAAAGCCAAGUCGCUGGUGGACAAGAAAGGAGCGGGUCCUUUCCACGUCAACAACGGGCAGAGCCACCGGGGCUUCCACGGCCAUGUCGUGGUGGCUGCGAACGGCAGCUGCUGCAGCGGCUUGAGCUCGGGACCCAGCGGCAGCAGCAGCAACCAUCACUGCGGGGACGAGGCGGAAUGCAACGGCUCCCCAGCGAAGAGGUCCCGGCUUCGGAGGAGGACGGAGUCGGUGAAACGAAAUAGACGUCCUUUCCCUUGGUUUGGAAUGGACAUUGGUGGGACGUUGGUCAAGUUGGUUUACUUUGAGCCAGUGGACAUAACUGCAGAGGAAGAACAGGAAGAAGUUGAAAACCUCAAGUCCAUUCGUCGCUACCUCACCUCAAACGUGGCCUACGGGAAAACAGGCGUCCGUGACGUCCACCUGGAGCUGAGAAACCUGACCAUGUGCGGCAGAACGGGGAACCUGCACUUUAUCCGCUUCCCGACACAGGCCAUGCCGCGGUUCAUUCAGAUGGGCCGCGACAAGAACUUCUCCAGUUUACACACGACACUUUGCGCCACAGGAGGCGGAGCCUACAAAUUUGAAAAUGAUUUCAGAGCGAUGGCCGACCUGGAGCUGCUGAAAUUAGAUGAGCUUGACUGCCUCAUCCGGGGCUUGCUGUUCAUCGACCGGAUGGGUUUCAAUGGACACCCCGAGUGCUACUACUUCCAGAACCCGUCGGACCCCGACAACUGUGUGAAGAAGCCCUGCAACCUGGACAACCCCUUCCCAAUGCUGCUGGUCAACAUCGGCUCUGGGGUCUCCAUACUGGCCGUGUACUCCGAGGACAAUUACAAACGGGUGACUGGGACCAGUCUGGGAGGUGGUACAUUCCUGGGUCUUUGCUGUUUGCUGACGGGCUGUGAGACGUUUGAGGAGGCUUUGGAAAUGGCCAGUAAGGGAGACUCUAAAAAUGUGGACAAACUGGUGAAAGACAUCUACGGCGGAGAUUACGAGCGCUUCGGUUUGCAAGGCUCUGCUGUAGCAUCAAGUUUUGGUCACAUGAUGUGCAAAGAGAAACGAGAUUCCAUCAGCAAGGAGGACCUGGCCAGAGCCACUCUGGUCACCAUCACUAACAACAUAGGAUCCAUCGCACGCAUGUGUGCCGUCAAUGAGAAAAUUGAGAGCGUGGUUUUUGUCGGGAACUUUCUUCGUAUCAACACGGUGUCCACAAAGCUGCUGGCCUACGCCAUGGACUUCUGGUCGAAAGGACAACUACGAGCUCUGUUUUUGGAGCAUGAGGGUUAUUUCGGAGCCGUCGGAGCCCUGAUGGAGCUGCUCAAGACGACAGACGACUCGUGAAAGAGAGCCGCUCUGGCGAAGACGCCGCCGGGACUUUCUCGACGCCA